GGGAGCACGGAGCUAAUCAAGUCGUUAGCCUGAGUCUGUGGAAGGAAGAGGUCAAAGCCUGGACGUUUGACUUACGUAGUUCGAGGAGCAAAGUACAUUGUGUGCGCGACACCGCCCAACAAACACCAACCGUGCUUGUGUAAAUGAUUAUGAAUUACUGACGUGGGGAGUAAAUCCGUCUCAGCGGAUGUUGGUGCUACUGCUAACGUCAAACAAACUUCAGUUACACCACGGACAGGCUGCGUUUUCUCCCAGCGCCAGGUUGACAGGCUCCUCCAGUGGAAUAUUUCUUUGCUCAGUGGUACCAGAGUGAAAGUCCUCAAGAGAGUUGUGAGAGGAGCUUCGUGUUCAUCCCCUCUCCCUGUCCAAACGUCCGGCCAGUAUGUCCAGUGAUCCUCCUCCUCCGUACCCCGGAGGUCCCAGUGCCCCACUCAUUGAGGAGAAGAAUGGACAACCAGAAACAGCUCCUUUAAGAACUGCUCCUCCACAGGGACAGCCCUUGCCUCCUGACUAUGGUCCUCCACCUUACGAGGCCACACAGCCAGGCUUCCUGCCCCCACAUGUCCCUGGAGAGGGGCCCAUGCCAAUGCAAUUGCCACCACCCCCACAAGGUGGCCCCUACCCUUUGCCUCCUGGUCACUUUCCUCACCCGAUGCCAGGGCAGAUGGGCCCCGGUCCCAGUCACUUUGUCCACAUGGGAGGUCACACAGCGACCGUCCUGGCUCCUCCAGGGUCAGCCACCACUGUCACCGUACUGCAGGGGGAAAUGUUCCAGACCUCACCGGUGCAGACUGUUUGUCCGCACUGUCAGCAGGCAAUCGUCACCCGCAUCUCACACGAUGUCGGUCUCAUGAACACACUCUUCUGCCUCUUCUGCUUCUUUGUAGGGUGUGAUCUAGGCUGCUGCUUGAUUCCCUGUCUGAUUGAUGACCUCAAGGAUGUGACACACACCUGUCCUUACUGUAAGGGCUACAUUUACACAUACAAGCGUAUAUGCUAACCACCGACAGCUGUAUGCUACAGAGACAUGUACAUGCACACACAUAAACCCAUGGCCCCUCCUGCUGGUAGUGACAGGCUUCCCCCCCAUUUUUGCAAAGUGUUGUGUAGCCCUCUUGAAUUGUAAGUGCAGUUUUCUCAUUAAUUCACGGAAUAUUUACUGUAUAUAUCUUUCAUCAUAGUUCUUUCAUGUAUAAACAUGCAUUUGAAAUGUACAAAUCUCACACUGAACAACUGAUGGCAUAGGGCGCUAGAGAUUGAUUGGCAGCAAACACACAGGUGCAUCUGAUCCUGUGUAGAAACCUGGAAAAAAGGCUUGUGAUGAUACGCAUGUAAAUGGGGAAAAAAAAAUCUAUGUAUACACCGAUAGCCUCAGUUAGAGAAAACUGUGAAAAUGGUCACUUUAUUUAUUUGAAUUCAUCUGUGAAUCUUGCUUAGAAGCAAGUAUGUUGAAGUCAGACAUGCUGGGUAAGCAUUAUUUUUCUCUUAUUUAUGUCAAAUAUUUUAUCCACUGUUUUAACAUGUUAAUCUUGAGAACUGUGAACAUUUUUGUCCAUGUCUGAUUUUGUUCUAAGGGACCUAGUUUUUCCUUUUUAUCAUGGUCCCUUUUUGAAUGUUUGCAAAUUAACCAACCAUUUUCAUCACGAUAAAAGGAUGAUUUGCUUGUUUGGGAAUGCCUAAGAUUGAUGUUAAUUGAUACAUGUUCUGGGCUUCAGUGAGCAGUCACAAAAUGUUGAGUGAUUUAUGGUUGAGCUGUUACACAUCAAUGCCCUCUGUCCAUGCUGUACUUAAUUUUGAGAAUAAAGCUUACUUUUGCACUUUAAGUUGAAACUGACAUUUCCCCUGUGACAGAUUCAUAAAAACUGUAGACUAUGGGUAAUUCUUUGUGUGAGGAAAGUCACAUAAGUAAUAACAUUUUAUAAUUUUAGCUUUCACUGGGUUAGUUGUUAGCUCAGUGAGCCCCACCAUACAUGCACUUUCUCAAGACUAUAGUAGAAUUAAAGUAGAGAUGGCAGACAGGGGGUUUUACUGUUACUGAUGGAGACACAAUGCAUGACAUCUCAGUAAUCUUGUGUGUCUCCGGCCAUAUGUUUCUAUCAUUAUCUGACAUUUGCUGCCACAGUAAACAGGUAGCUAAUUUAAAAUAGAAACGUUGGUUGGCAAACAAACAUGGUGGCACCAUCAUCACAUUGUUUAGCGCUGUUUAGCCUGUUACCCUCUUACUAUGGCAUCAGCCCUUUAAGAUUACCUGCAUUGCUCAGAUGCAUGUUAGAUAACAAAUGCAGAUGUCUUAACUAAUUACAAAAAAAGAAAUGUUUCUGCUAGGAAUAAGCUUAAAAUAAAAGACUGCAUUAGACAUCUUGCAAAAUGACAUCAUGAUUCCAAUUAGAUCAAUACUAACAAUGAAAAUACAAACAGCAUGUCCAAUCCACCAUUCACUUUCGUUCACCAAGUGCAGUCUGUCUGCAUGAGCCACACAUCGAAAUGAAUAACUCUCACAGGCUAGUUCCGUGACUCUGUGCAUUUGAGUCUUUUUUUCCCUCUUGAGGUUAGCUAAGCUGUGCAAGAAGGUCAAUUUUGAGUUAAAGGGUUGCAUUGAACUUUUAAUACAAAGUACAGUAUGCCAUUGUUGUGGAUAAUGCUGGUCUGCAUUGCUCUCUAAAUGUCUGUGAUAUGUAUAACUAUGUAAGUCAAAAUUUGUUUGACUGUUGUAUACAGGUAAUAUUUUAUCAAUAAAAAUUAUAACGUGA